UAUGGGGGGGAAAAAAAGCAGUUGAUGGAAGACCUGGUUGAGGUUCCUCUUUUGGCCCGACACUGCUCGCCAUCCUCAUAUUUUCUCAACGGUCCCUCCAUUAUUUUCCUUUACGUCCCUGAAAUUAUCCCAAUCUCCCUUUAUCACCAUCUUCGCCGCAACACUAUACAAGGAUCCCUUCACACCAGAUAUCCCAAGGAUUUGUUCGGCGGAACUAUUAAUUAUUUGAGGAGGCGGUGACGGUGGUGGCGGCCCGGAGAUGGGGAAUCCGAAGCAGAAGUGGACCUCAGAGGAGGAGGAAGCUCUUCGGGCCGGCGUGGCCAAGCACGGCGCUGGAAAGUGGAAGAAUAUCCAGAGAGACCCUGAGUUUAACCACCUUCUUUUUGCGCGCUCCAACAUUGAUCUCAAGGAUAAAUGGCGCAAUUUGAGUGUUGCAAGUGGUCAAGGUGCAAGAGAUAAAUCAAAGACACCAAAAGCGAAGAUCAAUCCUGCUGACACACCUGCUACUCCACUGCUCACUGCACAGACCUCUACCCCCGUUGCUUCAUCAUCCCAAGAUCCGUCAACAGAUGUCGUUAUGUUAGAUUCUUCAAGGCCCAUACCAGAGGGAAAUAAUGCUGCCAAGUACAAUGCAAUGAUAUAUGAGGCGCUGUCAACCCUUAAAGAGCCAAAUGGAUCAGAUUCUGGUGCAAUUGCUAAUUUUAUUGAACAAAGGCAUGAGGUGCCUCAAAAUUUCAAAAGGGUGUUGAGUUCUAGAUUAAGGAGGCUUGUGCUACAAGACAAACUCGAAAAGGUUCAGAAUUGCUAUAAGAUAAAACGAGAUGCAGUACUAGACACGAAAACCGCUGCUGCCAGACAGAAAGACUCACGGCCCAGACCAGUUCCAAGCAUUGGGUAUCUCGGUGAUACAGUGGAAGAAGCAGCAAUUUCUGCUGCCUACAAAAUUGCGGAAGCUGAAAACAAGUCAUUUGUGGCUGCCGAAUCCGUGAAAGAGGCAGAAAGGGUAUCUACAAUGGCCGAAGACAUGGAAUCACUCCUACAAUUUGCUAUGGAAUGUUUUGAUCAAAGUGCACGUGGUGAAAUUUUGCUAAUGGCCUGACAGCCUACUUUGCAUCUUGUGAAGGAUAUGGCCGCCUCUCAGAAAUUUGUAUAGAAGUGUUUAUUUCUUGGAAAUAUGAAGUGGAUUUAAUCUGUUUUCAUUAUUUGUUUGCUAAUUAGAAGAUUCUGUAUAUCCUGUACGAAAGACAAGUUAGAAGUGAACAUGUAGGUGGAAACGAUGUUCAAUUAGUAAGUUUCCACUUGUUGAAAUCAUAAUCUAUGUAAACUCUUAGGAUUU